AUGUGCAAAGAAUCCCUGUCACGCGAGCCGGGACGCCGAGCGCCAUCCCUAUUGGGCGCGCGCCCCGCGUUCCGCCAGCCUCCUCCCUCUCCCGUGCCUCGCCGGAGCCGGGAGUCGCCGAAGGUGUGCGCGCUCCGGAACGCACCACUAGUGCCCCUCUCCGCAGGGGUGGCCGGGCCCGGGAACUGGGAGGCCGCUGCCCGCCGGAGCUCGGUCACCGUCCAGCCGCAGCGGGCGCGCACGGCCCGCGGCCCCGGGGAUGGCCUGCGGCAGCAGGUCCGGGCCUGGGGGUGCGCGCGCCUGGCGUGGCCUCCCCGGUCCCUCCCCGCCCCCCUUCCCACCUACCGAGCUGCGGGCAGGUGUGAGGGGGUCGCUGGGGCGGAACGCCUGGUGCAUCUUCUUCGGUUCCGGCCUGGGGUGCCUGCGGGACGCGGAGCUCUUCGGCUGGUCCGCGGGGAGGCGCGGCCCGAGCUGGGAGGCCUGGCGUCCGCCCCGCCGGGAGGGAGGCUGCACCUUUUGUCAGAGUCACUGAGCCAUGUUUGCGGACGGUGCAGUUGCCCAGGCGGCGGCGGCGCGGGACUGGGUGCGAUCAUCUGGGAGGACGCCGUCCCCUGCCCCGCCGGCGCGGUGGUAUCUCCCUUAAAGAAGCCGGCACCUCAUUGUUCCCCGGCCGCGGCCGCCGGGAGUCGGGGGCACCCUGCCCAGCGCGGGGAGGAAGGGGCGGCGGCGCCCGCACCUGGCCGCUGCCGCCCGCGCAGGCCCUGCCCGGCGGCGGCCCCCCGGGGAGUCGGGAUCCAGCCUGCGCCCGGCGACGGCCGGCGGUACAAGGCGGCCGGGGCCGGGAUGGACCGCGAAGACAGCCGUUUUCUCUCGGCCCGAAUGACAGCGGUCUGUCAGAUCCCGGCAGGCAGUCGCCUGACAGCCAGCCCGGGACUGUCAAUGACUCAGAGACUCGGUCCAACCCGUUAUUCAGUUAGUUACACAGAUCAGACUUCUACGAGACUGAGAAUUCCUGGGGACAGGAACCUUGUCUAUGAUUCAUCUCUGAAGCCUCCUCUGUUACGAUGGGGAAACUGAGGCACAGCGCAGUUCAAGAACCUUACCAAAGCUACACAGCCCUAAGUGGCAGACCCAGGAGAGGGAGGCCCAGCAGCGGUCUGGCUCCAGCGGUUAAGCCACCACGAUGUCACACUGCCCCUGGAAAGCUAAUGUCAAAGGCCCAGAUCUGAGACUUCUGUGACUAUGAGCCCCAGGACGAACGGGCCUCUUUGCUCUCCUCUCCCCGUGAUUGAGCCCGUCUCUCCCAAAUGGUCAAAACACCUCAAAGGAGAGAAGAGGUGAGCACAAGCCAGAGAACCAGAAGCAAGAAGAGGUGAGCAGGGGGGGUGAGCAGAGCCGAGUUUUCCCAGGGCGGGAGCAGAUGUUCCCGUCACCUGACUCCCCGUGCCAGAAGCCCGGGGAGGUCCCCUCUGGCAGGCUGGCCCUGCCCCUUGGGGGCUGUCUUGAGGCCUGGGCCAACAGGCCUGGUCCUGCAGUCCACCAGCAAGGUGGCUUCCUGGAAGCUCGUUGCCCCCCCUCCCCUGUACCAGUCAGCUCUGCUCCUGGAAGGGAAGGGAACUGGGCCACAUGCUUCCUGGCACCUGAGCGGGAACCUGUCUUUGGCUCCACGGCCCACAAGAGCUGCUGCUGGCAGACACCUUUGAGCGCCUGCCCAGCCGCUCCCCUGCUGUGUGGCCUGGGGCAAGUUACUUGACCUCUCCCCAGCCUCAGUGUCUCUGUAUAGGAACUGGAGGGACUGAAGGACCUGAAGGGAUUGAACGCAACACUUUGGGUGACGUGUUUGGCAGCAUGGCAUUCAAAUCAGGGCGGCUGUUGUUAUUACUGUUAUUAUCCUGCCACCCUCCUCCUCAGGGUCAUGGAGGGCUCGGAGAGAUGGGCUGAAAGGCACUCAGACAUCUUGGCUGCCAGGAGGGAAUGCCUCUCUAAUCAGCACAAACGUCAGACUCCAGUUAUUAAUACCCUGCCGGCCCCACCAGCUCUUGGAUUUAGCAUUCCAAAGAGGGGGUACAGAGGUGGGGAGGGUGGAUCUGGGGAACAGGUGGCUGAGGGCUGGAGAAGGAGCCCUCUCUCUGUGGGAACAACCCUUCCCAGUCUCACAGGCAGACUUGGCCCGUCCUCCAGACACCCUCCACCUGUGGUCUAGGGUCUGGGAAGGUGUGAAAUUCCUGCCUAAGGCUGAGCUCCGGGCAGUCAGACUCUCAGUCCCCUAAGGGCACAGCACUGUCCUUCCAGGAAUCUAAUGUCUCAGGGAGCAGGGCCCCCCAAUCAGGACCCCACAAGAGACAGACCAAACUCAUGGAAUUGUGGAAUGGUGACGGUGGUUGGGGCCAAGGGUGCCCCUGAUCUCCCCUACUGGUUUAGAGCUCAGCCUCUCAGACAGAGCUGGGGGAAAUCUAUAUCCUCAGCUUUCCCUGGGAAUAAUAGUAAUUUUUAACCCUUUCACGUCAUAGAAACAUUUUCUCUUAGCUGUUGAAAGAACAAAUGAAAUGAUUCAUGUCAUCACAGGGCUUAGUGCGCAGUAAGUGUCCAGCAAAGGGCGGAUAUCGGGAGCCCAGUCCCUUCAUCUUAUACGUGACUUCUCGUUCCUUCCUGAGUGAGCGGUGGCAGACCUCAAGGAACAAACAUCUUUCAGGAAUUUCCCGUUCCCCCGCCUCAGCUAACAAUUAUAUCAAUGAAGCCUUCUUUGUCUUCUUAUACUGAUUUUUGAAAAAUGAAUAACCUUUUUUUAGAGCACUUUAAUGUUCACAGCAAAAUCGAGCAGAAGGUACAGACAGUCUCUGUACACUCUCUGUAUAGAGCGUCCCAGCAUCCCCCACCAUCAGCGUGACGCACCAGUGUGGUACAUUUGUCAUGAUCAAUGAGCCGGCAUUGACACGUCAUUAUUACCCAGAGUCCAAAGCUUAUGUUAGAGUUCACUCUUGCUGUAUAUGAGUUUUGACAAAUGUAUAUAACAUGUAUCUUACUGUUACAGUAUCAUAUAGAAUAUUUUCACUGUCCUAAAAAUUCCGUGUACUUCACCUACUAAUCUCUCCCUCUCCCCAAACCCCAGAUAACCACUAAACUUUUUACUGUCUCCAUACUGCCUUUUUCAGAAUGUCAUAUGGUUGGAAUCCUACAAUAAAUAGCGUUUAGAGAUUGGCUCUUUGACUUAGUAAUACGCCUUUAAGUUUUUUCCAUGUCUUCAUGCGGCUUGAUAGCUCGCUCACUCUCGCUCACUUUUUGUGCUGGAUACUAUUCCACUGGACGGCUGUACCAUGGUUUACUUACCCAUUCACUUACUGAAGGACAUCUUGGUUGCUUCCAAGUUUUGGCAAUUAUGAGUAAAGCUACUCUAACCAUCGACACGCAGGCUUUUGUGUAGACAUUAGUUUUUAACUCAUUUGGGUAAGUACCAAAGAGCGUGAUUGCUGUAUCUGGUGGUAAGAGUAUGUGUAGUUUGUAAGAAAUUCCCAGACUGUAUUCCCAAGUGGCUGUGCCAUUUUACCGUCCCAGCAGAAUGAAUGGAAGUUCCCAUUGCUCUUCACCCUUGCCGGCAUCUGGUGUUGUCAGUGUUUUGAAUUUGGGUCAUUCUGACGGUGUGUGUCGUGGUAUCUCAUUUUUGUUUUAAUUUGCGAGUCCCCGAUGGCAUAUAAUGUUGAGCAUCUUUUCACAUGCUUAUUUGCCAUUCGGAUAACUUUGCCGAGCUCUUCAGAUCUUUUGUCCAUGUUUUAAUUGAGUUGCUCAUUUUCUUGUUGUUGGCUUUUAUAAGUCCUUUGUAGAUGUUGGAUCACAGUUCUUUAUCAAAUAUGCCUUUUGCAAAUAUUUCCUCCCACCUGUGAC